CGCCCGGCCUCUUCCUCUCUGUCCGCCCGUCUCUGUGGUCUCCAGGGCGCUGCCCCGGUCCCGCAAGCCGCGCGCUCUUUGCACUCUGCCCGAAGCCGACGCCGGGGCUGCAGGGCUCCGGCGGAGGGUGGAACCCGGCUCAUGGCGGCCCCGGAGCCCGCGGCCGGGGCUGGCGUCAGGCCCAGAUUAGAUCUGCAAUUUCUCCAGCGGUUCCUGAAGAUACAGAAGGUUUUGUUUCCCUCUUGGGCAUCACAGAAUGUUUUGAUGUUCCUGACCCUUUUGUGUGUGGCCCUACUGGAACAACUGGUGAUCUACCAGGUUGGCUUGCUCCCCAGUCAGUACUAUGGGGUCCUGGGAAACAAAGACUUGGAUGGGUUCAAGACCCUGACAUUCCUGGCUGUCGUGCUCAUCGUUCUCAACUCCAUGCUGAAGAGCUUUGACCAGUUCACCUGCAACCUGCUGUAUGUGAGCUGGAGAAAGGACCUCACCGAGCACCUUCACCGCUUCUACUUCCAGAGCCGUGUGUACUACACCCUCAACGUGCUGCGGGAUGACGUCGACAACCCGGACCAGCGCAUCAGCCAGGAUGUGGAACGGUUCUGCCGGCAGCUCAGCAGCAUGGCCAGCAAGCUGAUCAUCUCCCCCUUCACCCUCAUCUACUACACCUACCAGUGCUUCCAGAGCACAGGCUGGCUCGGGCCUGUGAGCAUCUUCGGGUAUUUCAUCCUGGGAACCAUGGUGAACAAAAUGUUGAUGGGGCCCAUCGUGGCAAAGCUGGUGCAGCAGGAGAAGCUGGAAGGGGAUUUCAGGUUCAAGCACAUGCAGAUCCGGGUCAAUGCUGAGCCUGCUGCUUUCUUCAGAGCUGGGCACGUGGAGCACAUGAGGACAGACCGCAGGCUGCAGAGACUCCUUCAGACCCAGAGGGAGCUGAUGUCCAAGGAGCUCUGGCUGUACAUCGGCGUCAACACAUUUGACUAUCUGGGCAGCAUCCUGAGUUACAUUGUGAUUGCAAUCCCUAUUUUCAGUGGUGUCUAUGGAGACCUGAGCCCCACAGAGCUCAGCACCGUGGUCAGCAAGAAUGCCUUUGUGUCCAUUUACCUCAUCAGCUGCUUCACCGGGCUCAUCAACCUCUCCAGCGCCCUCUCAGAUGUGGCUGGUUACACGCACAGGAUCGGGGAACUCAAGGAGACCCUUCUGGACAUGUCGCUGAAGUCGCACGCUGGGGAGAUCCUGGACGAGAGCGAGUGGGACGUGGAUAGGGCCCCAUACUGGCCAGCCUCAGAGCCAACAGACACGGCUUUUCUCCUCGAGCGGGUCUCCAUCUGUGCUCCCUCCUCUAACAAACCCUUAAUCAAGGAUCUGAGCCUGAAGAUCUCUGAAGGUCAGAGUCUGCUCAUCAUGGGCAACACGGGCACCGGCAAGACCUCCUUGCUCCGGGUUCUAGGCGGCCUCUGGGCAAGCACAUGGGGCUCAGUGCAGAUGCUGACGGACUUUGGACCCCAUGGGGUGCUGUUCUUGCCGCAAAAGCCAUUCUUCACUGAUGGGACCCUUCGGGAGCAGGUGAUAUAUCCCCUGAAGGAUAUCUACCCAGACUCAGGCUCUACUGACGAUGAGAGGAUCAUGAGAUUCUUGGAGUUGGCAGGCCUGUCCAGUUUGGUGGUGAGGACGGAGGGUCUGGACCAGCAGGUCGAUUGGAACUGGUACGACGUUCUGUCCCCCGGAGAGAUGCAGAGGCUCUCCUUUGCCCGGCUCUUCUACCUGCAGCCAAAGUACGCAGUGCUUGAUGAAGCCACCAGUGCCCUGACCGAGGAGGUGGAGAGCGAGCUCUACCGCAUUGGCCAGCAGCUGGGCAUGACGUUCAUCAGCGUGGGACAUCGGCGCAACCUCGAGAAGUUCCACUCCUUGGUUCUGAAACUCUGUGGAGAAGGAAGAUGGGAACUGGCGAGAAUCAAAGUGGAAUGAGGCCAGCGGCGUGGCUGCGGCCACUGGAAGAAGUGCUGAGCUCGGGGCAGAUUGCCAUCCUCCCUGGAGAGACCAGGUGGCAAGGGAGACCCCUGGCCGCCUCGCGGCUCCUGCGCAGGGAGCGCUGGCAGCCAGGGCCCCAGCGGGGGUGUGGCUCCCUGUGGGGCCUGUCAGGCGCCUCCUGCUGCAGAGCUCCCUGCACCCCAAAUGCUGAUUGCUUACAGGUGACCUCAGAUUGCGUUUCCUAAAGAAAAACCUGAAAGGGUGAGAUCUAUAAGAAAUGUAGGGUCAAUGUGGAGAGAAUAUUGGGCUUAAAGUCCGGAGAUCCGGAAAUCUUUUAAAUCCAUUAAAUUUUGUGGUGAUAGAUUUUUAACUUGAAUCAACCAUUUAAAUUUUAUAAUGUUUUUUUAAAAGAAAAGAUAAACAUUUCUUAAAAAUUGGAGCUUUCUCCCUACUCUGUCCUCUCCAUUGUAAGAUGACCUUUGAAUUGAAUCUGCAGACUUGUGUUUGGGAGCCAGGGGGAAGGGAGUAGCACUCCCCACAGUGCUGGAACCUUCUGUGCCUGGUUUUUCACUUCGCCCCACAUCUCCACAUUCCCUUUGCUGGUUGUACUUGAGCCACUAACCUCUAGGGCCCUUCUGUUCUUGUUUUAACUCCGAUGCAGCUAAAUCUCUUUCCCCUCAGUCAGCUAAAAUAAGGAGGAAAUUUUUUUUUUAAAUGGUCUUAUUGUUAGGAAACAGCAACAGCCAGGGGGAACAGACAAAACGCAGAAAGCAUAAAAUUUUGCUAUGGAAAAUGAUUGAGCCCAAAGUCCUUAUUCUAGAACAAUGUUCCCCAAUGUUUAGUUGUCAGAGCAGCACAUCCAUAAUUUUUGUCAGAUCUCUUUAUUUGUUCACCACUUAAUUUUUUUUAAUGUUUAUUUAUUUUGAGAAGCAGAGAGAGAGAGA